AUGUCGUCCAAGAUGAGCCUGAAAUCGGAACCACGCACAGCAAGGGAGAUGACCCGGAUACGUCCAUUGUCUAAACUGGGACAUGAACAAUAUGAAUCUGCAGUUGACAGACACUUGCAGAAGAUUCGGGACAUAAAGCGGGAAAUCGACGGUUGUAUAGAUGACAUCAAGUUAGUGAAACCCUCCAGCAAAGGUUGUAUCGAUGCCUUUCGUCAACUCUUGAGUUCAUCCUAUAGUGCGUACGUAAAACGUUCUUCAGACUUUUUGGCCUAUCUACAAGGCAUUCGUACUGCUGAAAGCUUAAAUGAAGCUGCAGCGCACCGCUGCAUAAUGGACGCUAUGAGUUUAAAGAUAGAAGCUGCAAAAACCAAUUUAGACGAACUCUGUAACGCAAGUGACUCGAAGACUUAUCGACAGAAAGACGAACAGUACUCAUCAAAGUCACGAACAGCAGAAUCUACAUCCUCCAGGCAGAUUCAUAGGAAACAUAGCCCCAGCAGAUCAAGAUCAGAGAAAUCUAGUGAAAUUUCAUCAGAACUUACUAAGUAUAGCUUAAGCGGAAGUUCGAGUACAUAUCUCCAAAGAGUGGAGGCAAAGCUGAAUGCUUCCCGGGCAAAAUUGAAAUAUGUCGCAAAGGAGGUUAUUAUUCUGAAGGAAAGGGCAGCAUUAGACGCGCAGCUUAAGUUAGUCAAAGCUGAAUGUGAGAUUGAGAUGAGGGAAAAAGAAAUCGAAGCCAUGAGAGAGACAUUCAAGCUAGACACAGAAGAUCCCGAGAUGUCUUCAACGAGAAGAUCGCGCACGGUGGAAUAUGUGCAGAGUCUCCCUAUCCCUCAGCUCACGAAUGAGCCACAGAAUGACACCCCUCCAGAAGUGGUCCAGAAAGUUUUUGCUCAAGAGACAGUAAAAGUAAACAACUCCAGUAAUGAUCAUGGCAAAGGAACUCACCUUGACCCAGAUGCCCCUUCUUUCACCCCCAGUAGACUUCCCCCUCACAGAGCUCAGAUGAUCACAUCAUCCCCUGUGCAUGCUCAUGAUUCUGACAAUAGACACAAUACAUGUGUAGUUGAAGAUCAUGUUUGUGACUCACCGGUGACAAACGCAUCUAACCAGAUGACGGAAUUUACCAAAUUUUUAGUGAAAAAGGAUUUACUUUUGUCAAGACUUACAAGGUAUGAUGACAACCCAAUGCUGUAUGUUUCUUGGAAAUUAAACUUCAAAGGGAUCAUGAAGGAGUUGGAUGCGACAGCAACUGAAGAACUUGACCUCUUAGUUAGAUGGUUGGGACCCGCAUCAUCCAGACAAGCCAACACCAUUCGUGCGUGCAAUGCUGACAAUUCAGCUCUAGCAGUCCAGAAAAUAUGGGAGAGGCUCGAGGAGAGGUUUGGUUCACCCGAGAUGUUGGAAAGAAGUCUGAAGGAGCGUAUUACAUCUUUUCCUAGAAUUGCCGCCAAUGACAACAGACGUCUAUUCGACUUAGCUGACCUAGUCAGUGAGAUAGCAUCUGUGAAGGAGCAACCACAAUACCGUGUUCUCUUUGGUUAUUUCGAUUCCUCCACCGGGAUUAACCCGAUCGUAUCAAAGCUACCAUGGAACCUACAGGAGAAGUGGGUAACAGAAGCUAGUAGAUUCAAGAGACAACAGGGAAGCACCUUCCCACCCUUUUCAGUUUUUGUCAAGUUUGUACAAGACAUGGCCAAGACUCGGAAUGACCCAAGUUUCCAGUUCGACCGCACAGAAAGAACAAGUCCAAGUUCAAGUGUACCAAAGAAAACAUCAACUGUGGUGGUUAAGAAGACAGACACUAUGAGUAACGCUACUAAUCAAGACAAUUCACAACUGUGUCCUUUACACCAGACAAAGCAUUUACUCAAUGAAUGUUCUGCCUUCCGCCGAAAGCCACUUGAAGAGCGCAAGAAGUUUAUACUUACCAAUGGUAUAUGUUUCAAGUGCUGCGGACCUAAGAAACACAGAGCCAUGAACUGUAAGACAAAUGUGAAAUGUGACAUCUGUAAAAAACCUUCUCAUCCGAGUGCGCUUCAUGUGGAUGUGGAUCGCCACGUAGGGGAGCCCUCACAAGAAGGAACAGUGAAGAAUGCCUGCACUCAAGUUUGUGGAAAACCAAGGGGCACCAGCAGAUCCUGCGCUAAGAUUAUACCAGUCAGGGUAUAUCUCAAGGAUGAUCCACAGGAGUGUCGCGUUGUGUAUGCUCUCAUAGAUGACCAGAGCAGUCAUUCGUUAGCAACAACACCAUUCUUUGACUUCUUUUCACCUGGAAGUUCAAAACACCAGUACGUAUUGUCUUCAUGCGCUGGAAGACUUACUACUUCAGGAAGGCGGGGUCAUGGUUACGUGAUCGAGUCAUUGGAUUUGACAUGCAAGUUGGAGUUACCAAGUGUCAUUGAGUGCAAUGACAUACCAAAUAACAGAGACGAAAUACCGUUUCCUGCUGUUGCACAGCAGUACCCUCACCUUCAAGAAAUUGCUGCAUUCAUACCUACCGUGAUGGAUGACGUUGAGAUCGAACUUCUUAUAGGACGAGAUGUUGUCUCGGCACACCAUGUUCUGGAUCAGAAACUUGGUGAGAAUAACCUUCCAAUAGCUCAAAGGCUCUCACUUGGUUGGGUCAUAAUUGGACAAGUUUGUAUGGGAAAUCUGCACCAUGCAAGUGUUGUUAAUGUGAAUAAGACAUUCAUACUACAGAAUGGUAGACCAUCUAUGUUCGAACCAUGCGAUAGCAAAUUCCAUAUUGCUGACAACCCAUUUGUGAAAACGGAACAUGACGAGAAAACAGGAUUUUCUGUUGAGGACAAAGCCUUUCUUCAUGUGAUGGAAUCCGGCAUGAAAAAAGAGGAGGAUGGGCAUUGGUCAGCACCACUUCCCUUUCGUCAGGAUAGACCAGUUCUACCUAACAACAAGGCACAAGCCCUGAGACGUGCAAAGUCAUUUGAUUCCAGUCUCCUACGUGACACAUUGAAACGUCAACAUGUACUGGAAUUUAUGGAAAAAAUCUUCAAGCAUGGACAUGCUGAGAAGGCACCAGCCAUCCCCCAAGGACAAGAGUGUUGGUACCUCCCCAUAUUUGGGGUGUACCACCCUAAGAAACCUAACUCCAUAAGAGUAGUCUUUGAUUCCUCGGCUCGUCAUGAAGGGAUAUCAUUGAAUGACGUACUGAUGAAGGGGCCAGACCUUUCGAACAGUUUACAAGGGAUUCUCCUUCGUUUCCGCCAAAAUGCAGUUGCCAUAACAGCAGAUGUGGAACAAAUGUUUCACAAUUUCCGAGUUGACGAGCCAGAUCGCAACUACUUACGUUUCUUAUGGCACCAGGAGAACAACUUUGAGAAGCCCUUAGAUGAGUUUAGGAUGAGAGUGCAUGUUUUUGGGAAUUCUCCAUCCCCUUCAGUGGCCACAUAUGGUUUACGUCAAUCCGUCGUUGAUGCUGAGCCAGAUGUAAAGAACUUUGUGUAUCAUGACUUCUAUGUGGAUGAUGGACUCACAAGCUGUGACACUGAGGAGAAGGCAGUAAGUCUGAUGAAGCAGACCCAGAAAGCACUCAUGGAUGGAGGUAUGUUGCGGCUCCAUAAGAUAGCGUCCAAUUCCAAGUCAGUUCUUAGCCAGUUUGACCAGGAUGACCUUGCUAAGGACUUGAAGAGCAUGGAUUUUGGUUCGGAAGUUAUGCCAGUGCAAAGGACUCUUGGCGUUGUGUGGGAUAUCGAGUCUGAUAAGAUCACAUUCCAAGUUUCAAAGGAACCAAAACCCUACACUCGUAGAGGAGUACUCUCAACAAUAAACAGUCUAUUCGACCCUCUGGGUUUUGUAUCACCUGUCACACUCAGAGGUAAAUUACUACUUCGUGAAAUGAUGUCGUCUCCAGGCCCUACCAACUGGGACGAACCACUUCCAGAAUCUUUUCACAAGCAAUGGGAGCACUGGGUGAAGUCGCUGCAUCAUUUGGAAGAGGUUCAAGUUCCGAGGAUGUAUGGGAGACUCUCAUUGUCCCAGGUUCCUAGUAUUGAAGUCCACAUAUUCUGUGAUGCUUCUAAGGAUGCUAUUGCUGCUGUGGCGUACAUCAAGACCAAAGGAGAAACUUCAUCAGAUGUAGGAUUCUUGCUUGGAAAAGCAAAGGUAGCACCCAGUCAUGGCCAUACUAUACCACGUUUAGAGUUGUGUGCUGCCGUGGUUGCUGUUGAGUUGGCUGAAGUGUCUAAGGAACAACUGGAUCUCAAGAAAGAAGAUUUCCAUUUCUACUCGGAUAGCCGUGUGGUGCUCGGAUACAUAUCAGCAGAAACUAGAAGAUUUCAUGUAUAUGUAGCCAACAGAGUCAGUCGCGUCAGAUCGUUCUGUGGACCAGAACAGUGGAAUCAUGUACCUACUGAGGAGAAUCCUGCAGAUGUCGCCACCCGCAAGUUUACAACUUCGGAUCUCUCGGGCAGCAUGUGGUUAAGAGGACCAGAAUUUUUACGGAGUGUCAAGGGUGAUGAUGUGAAUGAACACUUUCCCCUUAUUGAUGCUGAGAGUGAUAAAGAGAUAAAGAAAGAGAUAUCGAUUGCUAAGACAGAGCUUGAACUGGAACCAGUAUUGGGUUCAAAACGCUUUUCACGUUUUUCAACAUGGAAAAGUUUAGUGAGAGCCAUAAUGACUUUGAAGAUGUUUACCAGAAAAACAAGCGCCUCGCAGGCCAGUGAUUAUACAGACUUGCUAGAGUCUACAGAAAAACUCAUUAUCAAGGAAGCGCAAUUAGAAGCAUAUGGUGCAGAAAUCAAGGCCAUCAGGAAUAACAGUGAUCCCCCAAAGAACAGUCCCUUAUUACCUCUGAACCCCAUUUUGGAUGAUGAUGGUCUCCUUCGUGUCGGCGGACGCAUCUGUCGUAGGAAAGUCAAGCCGGAUGGUGGUCAGCAUUCAGCCCAUCCCAUUAUAAUACCAAAGAACCAUCAUGUUGCUGUUCUGAUAAUACGACAUUAUCACUCUAGAAUACAUCACCAAGGCAGGCACAUGACGGAAGGGGCUAUACGCUCUGCUGGAUAUUGGAUCAUCAACGGAAAGCGCAUGAUUUCAUCCGAGAUCCACCACUGCGUCACUUGUAGAAAACUUCGUGGGAAGUUUGGAUGGGUUAAGAUGUCAGACUUACCUGAGGACCGACUGCAAGAAGCUCCGCCAUUCACAUUUGUUGGUUUAGACGUCUUCGGACCCUGGUCAGUUGUUACGAGGAAAACACGGGGCGGUUCAGCAAACUCUAAGAGAUGGGGUGUGUUAUUUACCUGUUUAGUGUCUCGUGGAAUUCAUGUGGAACUUGUAGAGGAGAUCAGUUCGGCCUCAUUCAUUAACUGCAUGCGAAGAUUCAUAGCUUUACGAGGUCCAGUCCAACAGAUUCGCUCUGAUCGAGGGACAAAUUUUAUAGGGGCUGUGAAAGAGCUUAACAUUGAAGCAGAGUUUGUCGAAACUGGGCCAGUUAAGGAUUACCUGACUGAAAGUAAGAUAUCAUGGGUGUUCAAUCCUCCCCAUGCCUCCCACUUUGGGGGCGUAUGGGAACGCAUGAUUGGCUGA